AUGGCGCAACAACAGAACAGUCCGUCAAUGCCCCAGCAGGAUGGGCGAAACCAUCAAGCCCUCGCGGUCAAUUCUGACAACGAUGUACCUAUAGAUCCGUCCAUCACGGCCCCCAGUCCAACCUAUCCUUACGGGCAGCACUCACCAUAUGCCUCCAACCCAGACAUGGCACACAGCUACUCGCAUCCCAGCGGAGGCAUGUACGCCCAACCGCGCCCGGACUGGACGGGCUACGGCCAGCACGGGGGACCUCCUUUGACGCCGGGCCACCCCGUCUACGGGCAGCAGUCGUCGUCGGCGCCUGCCCAGCAGCGAAACCAGGCGCCGUCUCGAGACAUCUCGAUGGGCCGCCGUCCGUCGUGGCAUUGCGCGCCCGCGCCGCGCGACCCAUCCGUCGUCGCGCGCGGACGGCCUGCCUCGGGCCCGUCGUCUCAUCGCACCGCCCGGCAUCCGGCCUUGGCCGCGCGCGCGCGCGCCUCCUCGACCGACGCUGACGCCGGCGCUGACAUGUCCCCCCUCCAGCAGGUCUAUUCGUUCGUCCCCAUCCCCGGGGCCCAGCAACACAAGCGACCCCGAAGGCGGUACGAGGAGAUUGAGCGCAUGUACAAGUGCGGCUACAACGGUUGCGAAAAGGCUUACGGCACCCUGAAUCACCUCAACGCCCACGUCACCAUGCAGUCGCAUGGGCCCAAACGAACCCCCGAAGAAUUUAAAGAAAUCCGAAAGGAGUGGAAGCAGCGCAAGAAGGAGGAGGAGGCACAGCGCAAGGCCGAGGAGGAGCGGCAACGGCAGCAGCAAGCGGCGGCGGCGGCGCAGAACGGCGGCGCCGAUCCCCAGGGUCCGGACGGGACGCCCGCCUCCUCGUACGGAAACGCUCGAGCCGUCCAGCUGCCGCCCAUCGGCUACUCGCCGACUCAAUAUCCCGCGCCGCCGCCGGGGAUGCCCCAGCCGCACAUGGCGGAAUACAGCACGAACCACAUGUACUCCAACUACCAGCCUCAUUCCCCGUACGGCCAGCCGUCCCAGAACAUCUACAGUCACUGUACGUCUCUCCCCUUCGACCCCCGCCCCCCCCCCGUCCGAGGCGGACGGCUGACCCGUGCUGCAGCAAACGGAGGGCAACCCCCAAGUCACUAG